AUGGCGCUGAUCGUUGUAGUGAAGAACUUUCAAGGACUCAAACAUAAAGGGGAGAAGGUUGUCAAGGUCGAUUUCCGGGAUGUACCUCACUAUUCGAAAUGUUUAGAAGAAAACGGAGAUCAUAUUCCGGUGGACGAAAUGUUCACGUGGAAUUUGGGCAGACCAGUCGACGAAGCGGAAGUAUUGCAAUUGAUGGUGGUGUCGCGAGGCGUUCUAAGGAACGAGAAGGUGAUCGCGAAGUAUGGUUUAGUUUUACAGACGGUGGUACGAGAAGGCAGAAUCGCAGUCACCGAUUCAUUGGUAGAUCUGAACAACAAGCCGCUUCCGGCGGUGAUUUGCUUCGAAAUCCGAUACAACCCUCCCGACGGAAGCUGUAGCUCGUACGCGGUAUCGGAAAUAAUGGAGGACGAGCAACAGAUGCUGAUCGACAUCGAGCAGAAUAUCGCGAACCUCGAGAGGAGUUUCGAGCAAGCGAACGCCAGUAGCUCCGCCAGCGGCAAAUGGAUGGGAUCUUGGCAGACCCCGGAGAAAAUUCCGAAAAAGGGUUCUUUACAGAAGGGUAGUUCCGUGUCGGCGACUGAAAAGUCACUCGACCGUAAGAGCAGGAGUUCCACAUUGAAAAGUAUGAGGUCUUUCAUGAAGCUGGGCAAGCAAAGACCGUCCAGAGCGCGGUCCUGCGACAGCGGCUCCGAUACCCGGGAAUUACUCGAUGGAAGGGACUCGAGUUGCGCAACUUCCAACGAACCUUCGAGGACGAACUCGAUGACUUCUUUGGAAACGAGCACAUCCGACUGCGAGAACCGGGCCAACGGGGACGCGAUGGAAUCGCGGGAUGCGAUCGCCAAGCCACCGAAGAAACCGAAACCAAAGACUGCCGACACCGGGCAGACCGCGUUGAAAGCACAGGAUUAUCAAGUCUGCGUUACUAUAAUCGAAGCUAGGCAAUUAGCGGGUCUGAACAUGGAUCCGGUUGUUUGCGUGCAAGUUGGAGACCAACGGAAAUACACCAGCGUCAAGGAAUCCACGAAUUGUCCAUAUUACAACGAAUACUUUGUCUUUGACUUUCACAUGCCACCCGUGAUGCUUUUCGAUAAAAUCAUCACGCUUUCGGUGCAGCAAUCGCGGAAUCUCUUACGCGCUAAUCUAACGCUGGGCAGCUUUAAGUUAGACAUCGCGACCGUAUGGGCACAACCAGAUCACCAAUUUUACCAUAAAUGGGCGCUGCUGACGGAUCCGGACGACGUUGCCGGCGGUCCAAAGGGCUACUUAAAGUGCGACAUAAGCGUGAUCGGAAAAGGGGACACCGUGAAAAUACCGCCAAAGAGCGAAAAAGACGAGGACGAUAUCGAGGGAAAUCUGUUGCUUCCGGAUGGCGUGCCCAUCGAGAGGCAAAGGGCAAAGUUUAUCGUGAAGGUGUACAGGGCCGACGGAUUGCCGAAAAUGAACAGCAGCAUAAUGGCGAACGUGAAGAAAGCGUUCACGGGCGAGGUGAAAGAUUUGGUGGAUCCUUACGUUCAAGUGUCCUUCGCUGGAUUAACCGGCAAGACGAGCGUUAAGAGGCACCGUUACGCGCCGGUUUGGAACGAACAGAUUGUUUUCACGGAAAUGUUUCCGCCUCUAUGUCAAAGGAUCAAAAUUCAACUGUGCGACAACGACCCAGUCCACGCCACCGUAAUCGGUACCCAUUUCGUCGAUUUGAAACAGAUUAGCAACGACGGCGAAAGAGGAUUUUUACCCACUUUCGGUCCGGCCUUUAUUCACUUUUAUGGUAGCAUACGGGAUUACAGUCUUAUAGACGAACAUUCGACGCUGAACGCGGGAUUGGGAGAAGGAAUUUCAUACAGAGCAAGGUUACUAAUAGCAAUCAGAACAGAAAUAAGCGACAACGUUGAGAUGGCUCCAUCGGAGGUCGAAGUAGAACCCAGCGUGGUCAUCAACGAGUCCGCUUAUGCCAGAAACGAGGAGUUUUUUCUUUUCGCAACGAUAAUGGACGCGACGAUGAUCGACAGGAAACUCGGCGACAAACCGAUGUACUUUGAAAUAUCGAUAGGAAAUGCGGGAAAUGCUUUGGAUGGUCACAACGAAAGCUCGAAAGUAAGUUUCACGCAUCGUUAUGGAUUCGUUGGUUCACGUUGAUCGUUACCAGAUGUGCGAAAUGGGGCCGACGACAAAAUUUAUUAUUUCAUACCGUACUGGGACGACAAACCGUGCCUCCAUGUUAGAAGCAUUUGGCCGGAUUAUAGGCGUAGAAUGUACAACAGCAAUAUCAUUAGCAAAAUCACGGAUAAACUCGAAGAGGGAUUGUCGGAGGCUCAGGCGCACACGGACGACUCUGCGGGCGAGAAACUAUUAAAGUCUACGCUCGAGGAAUUGAGCAGCAAUUGCAAUCGAUACGUUAGUAUCAGCAAGUCGAGUCUCACCGGGCCAGGCGUUGGGAAAACAAAGCUCGACAAAGAGAGAAUGAAAUUGUGUCAGAGGGAAUUGGAAAAUGUAGGAGUCCUAUCGAGAAACCUAAAAGCUGUGGUCACGAGAAGUAGCUUCAAAGAAAGAUUAAAGACGGCACAGGGUUACUUACAGAAAUUGAAGUUUCUGGUCGAAGAUCCCCAGGAUUCACUACCGGAUGUUUUUAUUUGGGUAAUUAGCGGUGGACGACGCGUGGCUUAUCAAAGAAUACCUGGCAGGGAUUUAAUUUAUUCUAUCGUGGAUGAGGAAUGUGGCAAAUACUGUGGCAAAGUGCAGACAAUGUUUCUCAAGCUUCCAGGAAAGAAACGAUUCGGACCGUCCGGCUGGGGUAUACAAACGAAAUUGCAAAUCUACAUGUGGCUGGGGAUACUGAAGCACAAGAAGUACUUUAUCCAAGGUCUACCGAAGGGGUACGAACUCAGUCACGAACUUAGGAACGUUGACAGACCGCGCGCAUUACCACCGAUCGUUGUGCAUUAUAUUGAAAAACACAAAUUCCAGUUGAGAGCGCACAUGUAUCAAGCCCGAUCUUUGAUCGGUAGCGACGCGUCCGGUCUCUCGGAUCCAUUCGCGCGAGUGAUUUGCGGCGAAUUCUGCAAGUCCACGCAAGUGAUCGACGAAACUCUGAGUCCGACGUGGGACGAGCUUCUUCUGUUCGACGACAUCUUGAUCCACGGCACUGGCGAAGAAAUCAAAAGAGAUCCACCCUCGAUCGUCAUUGAAAUCUUCGAUCAAGAUAAAGUGAGUCAUUUUGUAACUAUGGACAUAACACUGCAUGAGGGGUCUGCUUUAACAGGGAAAUCAGAGUACAUAGGACGAGCGGUAGCGCGACCUCAUGUGAAACUCGCUUCGGACUGUUACGUGCCGCCGGAAUUCCCUCCGUCUUUGGAAUGGUACGAUGUGAGCAGAGGUAUCGCGAGAGCCGGCGAGCUUCUCGCUGUUUUCGAACUGCUUGAGUAUCCUUCGACGAAAGAUUACGGUUUUCCAUCGCUACCGGAUCCAAAGGAUAUAGCGGGUUUAACUUCUGCCAUCGUUCAGGAUCAAGGGCCUAUACUACCGGUACCAGACGGCAUCAGACCGACACUCUCGAAAUACAGAAUCGAAGUAUUGUUUUGGGGACUGAGAGAUUUGAAAAGGAUACACCUGCUGACCGUGGACAAGCCUCGUGUGGACGUCGAGUGCGCCGGUCAUAUUCUUUAUUCUUCGGUAAUAGCGAACGCGAAGAAGAAUCCAAAUUUCAAUACGCCGAUUAAGUUUAUGGAAUUGGAGUUACCGGAACAGGAACUUUAUCGACCGCCAUUGACAAUCAGAGCGGUAGACUGUAGAAGUUUCGGUCGAUACACCCUCGUCGGUACACAUACGAUAAAUUCGAUUCACAAAUACAUGUACUGUCCGCAAACAAAAAGAGUAAAGGAUGCCGAGGACAGAAAAAAGAAUUUGUAUCAGUUGCAACAACACUCAGGUUUCGACACAUCGAAAACGAAAUGCCAACAGACGUGUUUGCUAGAUCCUUUCGCCGAGCUCGAAUUUAUUUGCGGAGAUACGAUCAUCACGUUGGGUUUGGGGCAAGGUUGGCCAACGAAGAAGGAGAAAACCGAACAAAACAUAAGGAAGAAACAAAGCGUGGUUUAUGAUGGAAGUACAGGGGAUUUCGAUGCGUUCGAGGACGGUGACGGCUGUCAGGAUUGGUGGACGAAAUAUUUUGCUUCCGUUGAAGCUAUGAUCGAAGAGAAUAAGGAACUUCGUAAAGAGAAGACGAUGUUCCAAGCUCAAUCGAACGGCACAGUUCCAAUAUACUUGGAAGAAAACUACAAUGAAUGUCAAGGGAACACCUCGGCCGAAAAGGUUCCCGGUGUCGGUACUAAGAAACUGUUUAGCUUAAAAUCGACCGCGAAUGCGGCAAGAUUUGUUUCGAAGCACAGUCCCAAGCAAACUUGUCAAAAGUUUUCGAAAACGGCGCUCCUGAAAGUCUAUCCGAACGAAUUGGAAGCACAGCCAGAGUUCGAGCAGUUUAAAGAAUGGUUGCACACGUUCGAACUGUAUCGGGGCAAGAAAACUGGAGACGAGCCCGAAGACGAUUCGAGAAUCGUAGGGAGCUUCAAAGGCGCUUUAAAGGUGUACAAGUGGCCCCUUCCGAAAGACCUAAUAGAUCACACGGUCAUGGGCUUCGACCCGCAAUAUGGUUUCUUUCAAGGUGUACCGUCGAACGAACCGAUUCACGUACUGGUGCGAGUUUAUAUCGUCAAAGCGAACGACCUUCAUCCCUGCGAUCUGAACGGCAAGGCGGACCCGUACGUUGUUUUGCAGCUAGGCAACAAGAGGAUCAGCGACAAAGAGAAUUAUGUAUCGAAGCAGCUUAACCCCGUAUUCGGCAAGUGUUUUGAAAUAGAGGCAACUUUCCCGCAAGACUCGCUGCUAACCAUACAAGUGUUGGACUGGGAUUUGGUUGGUGCGGACGAUAUGAUCGGCGAGACGAAGAUCGAUUUGGAAAAUCGUUUCUACAGCAGGCACCGUGCUACUUGUGGCCUACCUAAAAGAUACGACGAGUCCGGUUACAACACAUGGCGAGACUCGACGAAGCCAACUCAAAUUCUGUCAAAGCUUUGCAAGGAGGGAAAGAUCGACGGUCCUGUGUAUUCGCACGGCCGCGUAACGAUCGGCAGAAAGACAUUCUCCUUAACGAACGAGGAGAUGGAGUAUUAUAUUUAUUCGAAGGGAAUAGAAGAACACCUCGCGUUGGCAGUACUUCAUCAAUGGCAUGCUUUUCCAAGAAUCGGUUGCGCCUUGGUUCCCGAACACGUAGAAACACGGCCCCUUUACAAUCCAGAAAAGCCAGGGAUCGAACAGGGAAAGCUGGAGAUGUGGGUCGACAUGUUCCCUAUGGACAUGCCUUCUCCGGGGCCGUCUAUCGACAUCUCGCCAAGGAAACCAAAAAGUUACGAGCUCCGAAUUAUCAUUUGGAACACAGACGACGUUGUAUUGGAGGAUGAUGCGUUCUUUACCGGCGAAAAGAUGAGCGACAUUUACGUGAAGGGGUGGCUGAAGGGGCCAGAAGACUGUCAAUCCACCGAUAUUCAUUACCGGUCUCUAACCGGAGAAGGAAACUUCAAUUGGCGUUUUAUAUUUCCGUUCGAUUAUCUUGUGGCGGAAGAGAAGAUUGUUAUCAAUCGUAAAGAGAGCCUCUUCAGUUGGGACGAGACGGAAUGCAAAAUUCCAGCUCGUUUGGAAUUACAAGUAUGGGACGCGGACCAUUUCUCAGCCGACGAUUUCCUUGGCGCUAUUACUCUCGACUUAAACAGAUUUCCACGUGGUGCAAAGAACAGCAAGCUUUGUACUUUAAGUAUGCUGAAGACAGACGGAACUGUGCCAACAGUAAACAUUUUCAAACAAAAACGGGUAAAAGGCUGGUGGCCGUUCUACGUGAAAAAGGAAAACGAGGAUAUGGAAUUGACGGGAAAAGUGGAAGCGGAGAUCCACUUGUUGACCAAAGAGGAGGCUGAGAAAAAUCCUGCCGGUUUCGGCAGGAACGAACCGGAUCCGCUUGAUAAACCAAACCGACCCGACGCGUCUUUCAUGUGGUUCUUGAAUCCUUUGAAAUCAAUUAAAUAUAUCGUAUGGCAUAACUACAAAUGGGCAAUUUUGAAAGCUAUUGUAACCAUCGGAUUAGUAGUACUUGUAUUGCUAUUCUUUUACGCCAUACCCGGAUAUUUCGUUAAAAAGUUGUUGGGAGCUUAG